GCGCUCGGGAGCCCAGUAUCGGAGCAGUGUUGCUUGCGCAAGUUUUAAGGGUGUGUGUUUGUGUCCUGCGCUACCGAAUUCACGUCCAGCUCUAUCAUCAUUGUCACCCUGCCUUUCACCGAGUUACCGAGCGUCGACCGCGUCUGACAUAUCGUUGUUUUAUCCUCGCGAGAACUGAGCGGGAACUUGGACCAGCAGAUUCCGAAAACGGUCUCGCUGACAGUGAUGCGCAGCUGAACGGCAGAAAUAUAUAUCGCUCGUGGAGCGUGCACGCAUUGUGUUGUCCGGGGACCCCGCCAGUGUUUUGGGAGAUAAUUUUUAGUGAAACGUGUACUCCUCUGUGAAGGAGUUUAAAACCUGAAAUGAUCGGAUACUCGACCGUCACUGCCGUGGUGUUCCUUUGCGGUCUCCUUGGAUACACCAACUCUCAAGUAAAUACACCUAAUACAGAUGAACUGUUAAAUAAAGUUUCUAAUGUCAUAGAUUUAAAAAAUCUCAAUGCUUCCACAGUGCCAGAUCUAUAUAAUUUGAAUGUAUCUGCGAUACCAGCUUUUGAAGAUGCAAAAAAUCUGUUCAAACAAAAAUGUGAUAAGAAUGGAGGCGAAGGUGUAUAUGAGAAUACUGUUGUAGCUAAAGAGAAACUGGAACAGUGCCUUAAAUCUUUUGUGAACUUCACACAACUUGAGCAAGACAUGGAGAAAUAUAAACCUACUGGAGAUUUAGACUUGGUGUUUAAAAGAUAUUGCCGCAAGACUCCUGCUCUUAAGGAUUGCAUGAAAGAAUUCACCACCGCCAUAGAACCUUGUCUAGAACCUACAGAGAAAGAAAAUAAGAAGAUACUUCUGAACAUUACUGAUUCCCUUCUAAGUUUUGUUUGCUUUAAGGAAGGAGAUCGUAUUGCACUGUUUAUAUCUGCAAAUGGACCAGAAUGUCUGAAAUCAAAGCAACAAGAAAUGGAAAAUUGUGCCAACACUACUUUUGGGAAGUACAUCCCUUCGGUAGAUCCUGCAAAUAUGCUUUCAUUGGAAACUCUUCCAAACUUUAUCCUUGGUAGUAAAGAAUGCGGGGAUAUAUCUACCGUUCAAAAUUGCAUUGUUAAAGAACUGGAAAAGUGUUCAGAUCCCACACCUGCUAACAUUGUAGACUCGAUAUUCAGCUAUAUUUUACGAGUGACACCAUGUAAAAGUAUGAUGUCUGAUCAAAGCAGUGCUUCUACAUUUACAACUAGUUUAUUAAUGAUUACAAGCUUAGUAUUUGCUGUCUCGACGUGUAUAAUUGUUUCUUUUACAGGGCACAGUGGGAAAAGGGCCGAAUUAACAUCUGAUGAAGACUCAGUUAGUAAUGAUGCAUGCAGCAUAUCCAGCAGUCAAUCCGAUAAUCGUAGCAUGUUGGAUGAUGUGAAUGAUAAUGAAGUAGAUGAGUUUGCACAGCAAGAAGCAUUUGAAGAAAAAUUGAAAGAAGCGAUAGAUGGUUUAACACAACGAAGCGCAAAGGGUCGAACAGUUUGUUUUAAUGGAAUUGAAAAGAUAUUUGCUAUUAAAUAUGUCCCAGAUUUUGUGGAAGAUAGAAAAAUGACUAUCACAGACUCCAUAGAACGAGGUCUAAAGAAGGGGCGUGGAGAAGAACAGUCAACAGCAGCUAGAUUGAGUACUUUACUUUGUGUUCAAUUGGGAGCAUUUGAAAGCGCUGAAACUGUUUGCAAGGAUUUAAAGAAUACAUUGACUUUCAUAAUUAACGACACGUCAGCAUCGAUGCAAGCUCGAUCUGAGUGUUGUUGGGCCUUGAGCAUGAAUCAGUUUUUAUCGGGUAACGAUGCUGCUGACACAUUCGAAAUCGUACAAUUACUGUCUGGCAUUUUUUCUGGUUCCUACUUAAAAGGGAAUGGGGCAGUACCAAUUAUUUCAUCUGAAGUCGCAGCAUUGCACGCGGCAGCUAUCUCGUCUUGGACUCUUCUUUUAACAGUUAUGACUCCAGCUGAUAUAUACAAUUUCAUUGCAAGUGAUAGACCUAACAACUAUAUGCCAUCUUUAAACAGAUUACGAGAAUUAUUGGAAUCGCCACAUUUGGACGUGCGAUUAUCAGCUGGAGAAGCUCUUGCUGUAAUAUUCGAACUUGGUAGGGGCUUCUGCUGUGAUUACGAACAAAAUUGGUCAUUGGAUUUGGUUGAAGUUCUAAAAGAAUUAGCCACAGACUCUAACAAAUACAGGGCAAAGAAAGACCGCAAGCAACAAAGAGCCAAUUUCAGGGAUAUUCUUCGUUACAUCGAAGAAGAUACUGUGUCGGAGAUGCACGUAAAAUUCGGCCAAGAAAUUCUAUAUUUAGAAGGAUGGUGUGCACGAACUCAAUAUAACGCAUGCUGUAGAUUAUUAGGCCCAGGUAUUAAUAUUCAUCUUGCAGAUAAUCAAUUGCUACGAGAAAUUUUCCAUCUUGGUAACAAAGUUUUACCUGUCAAAUUGAAUCAAAAAACUACCAAAUUGGAAAGAACAUUAAUGAACGCAGCUGCAUUUAAGGCUCGCACCAUUCAACGCAAUAAGAACAGAGAUAAACGAUCCGCAGCCUUGGCACCGUAAUUCUUCAACUUUCUGCUUUUAUACAUUAGAUAACUUAAUUUAGGAUAAUGAAAAAUCAAAUAUGCCUUUUAUUUAUUACAACUGUUCAGUAAUAAGAAACUAUUAAUUAUUGGGUUCCCAUAAUGGACUAGAAGUUGUACACUGAAAUAGUCAUGGACAAAACAAAGUAUAGUUAAAUUUCGUUUUAUACGAUACAAUUGAAAUGUCUUUUUUAAAUCUGUUAUCAGUUAGUUAAAAAUAAUGCUUUACCGUGUUAUUUAAUGUUACUUACGUCUGUAUGUAUGAAACUAAAUUGUAUAUAUACUAUGAACACUUGGUACGAUAACAAGUUAUGUUGUUUAUAUACGUAAUAAAAUUAUUAGUAUCAGUUAA